GAAAUUUUUGUCAGCACUGAAAGGUGUGUGCUGAAUAUUUUCCGGUCAAGUUUUUUUUCUCAUGAGGAUUUUUCCUCAAAAACACCGUGAUUUUUCCUAAAGCAUAAACCAAAUGAUAGCAGUGUCCACCCUGAGGCUGUGCCCCCGUAUAGGGUGUCAGAAAUUCACUCCAUUGUGGAAUAUUUCCCGGGGAAUCUCUCAUCCUCCAAAACAUAACCUCACCACAGGUUUUGUGAGAUGUCUCACCACGAAGAAAACAGAGGAAAAUGGGGGCUUCAGCGUGUAUGAGGGCCCCCUUUCCAGCAGAAUUAAAGCCGUGAAGAUUUUCUCUCUGAGCACCAGCAUUGCCGGUCUUGCAGCUCAGCCCAUUGUAAUUGAGCAAGCGAGUAAAAUUGGAGGGACUUUUAUGGUGGUUUUGAUGUCCGGCUUUGUGGGCUUUUUCACAUUUGUCACCCCAUUUCUUCUGCAUUGGAUUACAAAAAAAUACGUGACGGUACUGAAAUACAACCCCCCUACGGAGGAAUAUACUGCAAGAACGAUAUCAUUCUUCCUUCUGCCCACUUAUACCAAGUUUAAAGUCUCCGAUGUAAGAGUCCCAGAUGUUCCGGGAAUGUUCACAUCGUUUCAUGUUGGGAAGAAGGCAUUUUUCGUGGAUCCGAGACAAUUCCCAGACACCAGUCACUAUGUGAAGAUAAUGGGAUACGAUAAACCGAUAGAUUUUAAAUUGGAACUCAUUGAGAAUCAUCCCAAAGAUGAUGCAACAAGCAAGAAAGAUCACAAACCCUGAGAUUUCAGUGCAAAUAGAUUAGUCAUAGCUAUGAAAA